CCCAUGGACAGCAGCCUCGAUAGUGGAGUGGCAUGCAUGCCAGUUCUGUACGUAAGAAACGAUGCUAUGUUAGCUUAUGCAGGUAUUCUUCUUCGAGAAGGAAUAAUAUGUAAGCUUGUCACCACUCGUCUACUUCUACACUCUUGCUUCCCGUGUUUAUGUCUUUGGCAAUGUCAUACCAAUUAGGUCCGCAACAGGAAUCACAGCAGCAAGGGGCCUACGGUGCAUACAACACGCAUAAUCAUAGCAAUGGGUACGGGUACGGGUACGGCCAGCAAGCUUAUACUCAACCGCAUCAGCAGCAAUAUAACAUGAUGCAUUCUCAAUCGCAAACUUCAUCACCGGCGAGUUCUCCUCAAACAGUAUCAGCGACGGUAUAUCACCAAGAUGGCACCGCACGUACUCAGACGUGGGUCUCUAAUCAACAACCUAUGAGGUCACCUCUGCCGGUGGCUAAGACAUUCUCUGGCGAAUGGGCGGGUUCACCCGAAAAUACGGUUGACUACCGAACACUAAGGGGUUAUUCUCCAACGAUGCCAUCACGACCCCGGAAGGAGGAUCGGAGAAUAUGCGGCAUUAGGCGGAACACGUUCUUCAUUGUUUUAGCCAUCGGGUUAUUUUUGCUAGUCGUUGCCAUCGCAGCUGGUCUUGGUGUCGGUUUGGGGACGAGAAAAAGUAGUCCCGUCGCUGUAUCUGCCGAAAAUUCAAGCAGUGCCGUCUCGUCAUCGUCAUCUUCAUUCUCGUCAGUAUCGCCGACGUCCACUACGCCAACGUCGACGCCAUCAUCCACCAAGGUAUCGCCGACGCCAAGCUUCACGGGAACCUUGAUACCGGGCCCUGUGAUCUGCCCGCAGAAUAAUAACACGGUGUAUGUAUCGCGGGGCAGUUCUAAGCCGUUCAACGUGCAGUGCGGACGCGAUUAUAACUCAGACGGUGGCGCGGAAGACUUGACGCACAUGUAUAAAGCCAGCAUGUCUCAGUGUAUCGACGCCUGCGGUGACCAUCCGGGAUGCGUCGGUGUAGGCUGGGGUAAUUAUGAGGGCUCGACUGAGUGCUGGUUAAAAAGUAAGCUCGGUAAGCCUAACUCGAGUCCUAAUUGGUAUUUUGCGCAGUUACAAGAUAUGGACCUUGCUGGGUCUUAAGAGAAAGUAUACCGUGUUUUUAGAGUAGAGUCCCAGCAUUUAUAUGGAUGUUGUAGAGAGAAAAGGGGAUAACGGUGCAACUGAGGCCGGUUGGGCUUUUCUGAAUUUAAGCGAGGCGUCUAGAGUCGGGAUUCCUGUAUUGUUAUUACCCACCAAUAGGUGCUGGACUAGGGAUUAGAUGGUAGUAGGUGGGACUAUGGGUGUUUAGAGAUGAGCGCUUAAAGCCUUCAUGAUACCUUUGAUACCCGUGUACUAUCUACGAUCCUAGGCGUUACAUACGAAAGAGGUACCUGUUAGUGAAGCUGGAAACUUUACAACUACAUGUGUCUUCAUACCUUUAGUGAGACAAUUCAAAUGAAUUCUACUUUAGUUAGCGGGCAAAACAAGGUUAUUUGCUCCAUGG